AUGUCUUUUGUCUACGCUUUAGUUGCUCGUGGUGCUCAACCGCUCGCCGAGUACUCAACAAUUGAGGGUAACUACAAGAGCAUUGCUAUCAAAAUGCUUGAAAACAUCGAUACAAAGAAGCCAAAUCACAUUUUCGAAGAAGGAGAAUACGUUUUCCAAUCACUUGCUGAUAAUGACAGAAUGAACUUCCUCUGCCUUACAAGGAAGACUGCUAGCUCUCAGCUUCGUAUGGCCUUCCUCGAAGAACUUCAGAGGAAAUGGCGUACAAAAUAUGCCAACCAAGGCGCUAACUUCCAACCAUACUCCAAGGAUAAGGAGUUCGCCCCAGAAAUUCAGGCCCUCUUCACAAUGUACAACUCGGAGCGCGCUCAGAAGAUUGCUACAAUCAAGGGCAACAUUGCUGCCACUCAGGAGAAGAUGACAGAAAACCUUACACAGGCUCUCAUCCGUGGUGAGAAGCUUGAAGUUAUGGAAGAAAAGGCCAACAACAUCAAGGAACACGCUGAAGUCUUCCACCGUGCUGCUAACACAGUCAAGAGGAAAAUGUGCUGGGAGAGAUAUCGUUGGUACGUUCUUGGUGUACUCAUUGCCCUUGUCCUUAUCUUCAUCCUUUUCUUGAUCUUCUGCAAGGGAUUCAAGUGCACUAAGAAGGAUAAGACCGCUUAA